AGCAGCGAUGAGUUAGUCGGGCAAAUGCGUCCACUGCGACUGCGGCGAGUGACGGGGCUGGAGGGGCGCGUCAACGACGUCGUGUUCUGUCCCGCGCCCCGCCCUGUCAUACCACCGAACAAGCUCGGCGCUCUUGUAUUUUUUGGUGGGGAUAUACAGGAUUACCCGGAAAUAAUGCAAGUACACCGCGACUACCGAAACUAUUUAAAAUACAACUUGGAGAACACGGCACGCAUGCUCGGACACAGCUUUCCCACUAAACAUGUAUUGGUUGUGAGACCUUCUAGGAUAGAGUAUAAAAGCUUCAGCUGCUUCGAUAACUUCGUGCCCGGCAACACCGCCGGCGUGCCCGACCACACGCCAACGCACAGUGCCCUACUGCACCUAGAGAGAUUACUGCAAGGCGUGAGCUGCAGACUGAAGUCCUUGCCCACCGCCGAGCUGCUGGAGGCGGCCAGCGCGCUGCCUGAGGACAUCGACAUAGAAGAACUUCCAAUGAAUUUGCAGAAGACGUCGCAGCGUGCGGUGUGCGAGGCUGACGCCGGCUCCGCCCCACACGAGCCGUCUGUGCUGUGGUGGCGCGAGGGUCUGCGUCUGGAACAGUGCCCGCUGACUCUGGUGGGGUUCAGCAAGGGCUGUGUGGUGCUCAACCAGUUCAUCUAUGAAUUCCACUACGCCAACACUCUCACACCUGGAGACGACCACAUGAGGAGGUUGAUGUCCCGCAUCUCGGCGAUGUACUGGUUGGAUGGUGGACACGCGGGCACCAAGAACACCUGGCUCACUGCGCGCAGCCUCCUCGAGUCUCUCGCUAGGCUCAACAUCAACAUCUACGUGCACGUGAGCCCUUACCAGGUGGAGGAUGAGGGCCGGCCAUGGAUUGGCCGCGAGGAGCGCGCCUUCACCACAUUGCUCAAGAAACUUGGUGCCAAGGUAAAGCGUUACCUGCAUGAACAGCCGGGAGCGCCUCACUCUCUGCACAUGCACUUUGAAGUUCUCACAUCAUUUGCUACACGAACCUCCAACGACGCAGACGACGACCAAAUAUAAUUCACGAUGUAUAACUUCAAACUUUCGUGGUUUUUACUAAUAUCGACGCUAGAAAGCAUAAACGCUG